AUGCCAGAAGUUGGAAAGGUUGGAGAUACUGAAUAUUUACAAGCUCGCUGGCUCGGCCGCAGUCUCAAAUUGAGGAAUCAUGUCGAAGAUGUGGGAUCUAAGAACGUGUGCCGCAAAGGGAAUAACCACGUCAUUGGAAAUGUCAAGGUGUUUGGAGCCAAACAGAAUAGGCCCGUCGACGGCGCUGCCGAUGAACCCGCUGCUGACGGCGCUGAUCGCGACGGCGGCGGCGCUGCUGGCUGCCGUGUGCGCGGCGCUGGUGGCCCUGUACCGCCGUCACCAGCACCACCGCCGGCCCGCGCCGCGCGCCAAACGCCAAGCUUGGCGGCGGGCCGCGGCGGCCCGGCGGCGGCGGGGUGGCGGCGGCGGGCGGCGGCGGCGCGGGGCGGCGGCGGCGCCGGCGGCCGGGGGCGGCGGGCCGCUGGCGGCGGCGGCGCCGGGGGCGGCGGCGGCGGGCGGCGCGCGGCGCAGGGCUCGGCACGCCCGGCCUGCCCCACGCGGGCGGCGGCGGGCCCGCGGGAAGACGCGGCCGACGCCGUGGGGCCCGGCGCCGUGCGCCCUCGGGCUGCCCCCCGGCGCCCGCCUGCUCGGCGCCCCGCGGCCCGGCGCCGCCGCGCCGCCAGCCCGCAGGACCCUGCGCCCGCGCCCGCCCGAGGACGCCGACCCCGACGUCAUCCCCAACAAAUA